GCCAUCAACAGCAUUUACAGAACCCUAGCUGAACUCUCUCUCUCUCCUGUUUGCGAUUUGUUCUGUGAAGGAUGAAGGUCGUAGCUGCAUAUUUGCUGGCCGUUUUGGGAGGCAACCCCAGCCCUUCCGCCGGAGAUGUGAAGGAUAUUCUUGGAUCUGUUGGAGCUGAAAUUGAUGAGGACAGAAUUGAGCUUCUCUUGUCUAAUGUGAAGGGUAAGGAUAUUGCAGAGCUCAUUGCAUCCGGAAGAGAAAAACUAGCAUCUGUUCCUUCUGGUGGUGGUGGCAUUGUGGCGGUGUCUGCUGGAGGAGGCGGAGGUGGUGGUGCGGCUGCUCCUGCUGCAGAAGAGUCAAAGAAAGAGGAGAAGGUCGAAGAGAAGGAGGAAUCAGACGAUGACAUGGGCUUCAGUCUCUUCGAUUAAGUAUAAUUACAAUGUCGAAUGUUGUUCAGAGAUUCUUCAAGAGUUUAGAUUGGAAUUUUUGUUUUCACAUGUAAUCUUUUUAACCUUAUCCUGCUGUUAUGAUGAGCCAAAUGUUAUUUUAUUUUCAGUUAAUGAAUUUCGUCGUAAUUUUUGGAUGUCCCUAAACACCUGGUAUAAUAUUAUAUGAAAAAAGGAAUUGGCGUUAUUGCAUGAA